AUGACAGGCCCAUCGAACGACAAAGAUAAAAAGAUCUUUCAAAGAAGAAAUCAAUCCGCUUCGCAAACUGAAAAUCGAAAUCGAACUUCGGCCGCCUCAGAUAUAAUCCGACGACGUUCCAAUGAAGUCGCACCAUAUCGAGAUACUCCGAGACCCAGUUCUUCUACCGAUGUGGGACCUAGUCAACCGAUGGAUCAUAAUACAGAAACUCCACGGUCGCAAACGCCAGUGACACCGUCAACAGUUCGCGAGAAUAAAGAUUUUGUGAAAUCAGAGGAUCAAGCAGGACCGUCCAACAGACAAGAACUCCACUCUGGAAGAGCAGUGUCAGAAGGAAUAUCGGAUCCACUCGGAGCCGUGGGCCACCAGCCAACAGAACCUCAAGUCGACUCUCCUCGUGAACCAAUCCAACCGGUUAUUGAGAACAAUCAAGUGAUUGCAAAUCAACCAGUCGUACAAGUCAAUCAUAAUGUACCUGCUGCUCCACCAGCCCAGAAUGAACAAAACGAAUGUUUGAGAACAAUUGUGAAUGCUUGUUCCUACUGUACUAUUAUGUGA